GCCACUUGUUAGCUCGUCGAUAUGCUUGUUUCCUUACACACUCCCUAAUCCCAUGUAUUAAUACUCUUCACAUUGACUUUUGCUUAAUUCUCCUUAACGCAUAUACACAGAGUGGAGAAGUAAAUUAAUUAAACGUAAUGAAAUUAGUGAGAGAGAGAAGGCAUCGACAUGCAUUAAGGCUAUCCUUACCACCACCAAAUUCAGCAGCUGAGUUCCGACGCCAGACUCAUGACUUUCCGACGUUCUUGCCAAGCCCUUCAUGUUGGCCUGACUCCUCGGGCAUAAAAAACCUAUUUGAUCUUGAGAAAAUGGCCGUUCUUGGACAUGGCAGUAGUGGCACGGUCUAUAAAGUUUUUAACAAGAAAAUCAAAUCGAUUUUUGCGUUGAAAGUGCUUCAGGUCGACCAAAAUGUUGUUAGCAUUCACCGACAAACUGCACGCGAGGCCGAGAUCCUCAAACGAGUUGACUCUGAAUAUAUAGUAAGGUGUCAUGGAGUUUUUGAUAAUGGUUUCACAGAAACUAAUGGUGGUGGAGGUGGUCUUUGCUUUGUCAUGGAGUACAUGGAAGGAGGCUCGCUACAAGAUGUGUUGCGAGCACAUUGGAGACUACCGGAGCAUGUAAUCUCCGGCGUGUCCAGGCGUGUCCUGGAAGGAUUGCACUAUUUGCAUGGCAUGCAGAUAGUGCAUAGGGACAUAAAGCCAUCAAAUCUACUUUUGAAUGAUAUGGGAGAGGUAAAGAUAGCAGACUUUGGGGUUAGCCAUGUCGUGGCGGGGACGCGAGAGACAUUGGACUCAAACAUGGGGACAUUCGCAUACAUGAGUCCAGAAAGAUUUGACCCAGAGAGGUGGGGUGGUGAUAUUAAUGCAGACGGGUUUGCCGGGGACGUGUGGUCACUUGGGGUGGUGGUGCUGGAAUGCUAUGUUGGUCAUUUUCCAUUAAUUUCUGCGAAGCAACAACUAGAUUGGGCAUCAUUAAUGUGUGCAAUUUGCUUCGAGGAGAGGCCGGAGAUGCCCGAGACGGCCUCACCAGAGUUUCGAAGCUUUGUUCAGAGGUGUCUAGAGAAGGACUGGAGGAACAGAGGAACAGUGACUGAGCUUCUUGGCCAUCCUUUUGUGAAGAAACGUACUUGAGCAAUUCUAUGGAGAUGGCUGGUUAAUUGAUUGAUUACCAGAAAUUGCUAGCUUUUGUUUUCUUUUCAUUUUCACCUCACACUAGAAGAUUUUAUUUAUCAGAUUUUAUGAUAAUUCUUUUAAAUAAUCUUACUUAAUUUCUGUUUGCAUGGUCUGGGGGAUAUAUAACUCAUGAUGCUAUAGCAUUUUUUGGAUGAAAACUGGACCUUGAAAAUAUGCUAAAAUAAUUGUU